AUGUUCAGCAAAUUCAAACCUACUCAGGCUUACUUUGGCUUACGCGGUGGAUGGCUGACCUUCUGGGUCACUGUCGCCUGUGCCACCGACAUGAUGCUAUUUGGUUACGAUCAAGGCGUAUUCGGCGGCGUUGUUGUGACCAAAGACUUCCUCGAUACCCUAAACCUCAAUGACAACGCCACCCUCCUAGGUACUGUCACUGCUAUUUAUGAUAUCGGCUGUCUCUUCGGUGCCAUAAUAACCAUGAUUUGGGGCGAGAAUUGGGGUCGGAAAAAAUCUAUUAUAUAUGGAACGACCAUCAUGUCCGUGGGCGCCCUCCUCCAAAUAACAGCGUUCGGUGUCCCCCAAAUGAUCGUGGGCCGUAUCAUUGCUGGUCUGGGUAACGGAAUCAAUACUUCAACUGCUCCUGUAUGGCAGGGAGAAACCAGCCAGGCUAAAUGGCGUGGCAAGUUGAUUGUCAUCGAACUCACUCUCAACAUAGCAGGGUUCUCCCUCUCUAACUGGAUAACCUUUGCUUUCUCUUUCCUCCCUGGCCCUGUUGCCUGGCGCUUCCCCUUAGCGUUCCAGUUCGUUUUCAUUUUUAUCCUUUACGCAACCGUUCCCUGGUUGCCCGAAUCACCUCGUUGGCUUAUCGCCCAUGAUCGCCCCGAAGAAGCCCAGGUCAUCAUCGCUGAUCUAGAGGAUAAACCUGUCGAUGAACCAUAUGUUAUCACUCAACACACUGAAAUUGUGGCUGCUGUUCAAUAUGAACGCCAUCAUGCCGUAUCGUGGGUUGACCUUCUACGCGGCAGAACUAAAGAGGGUGGCACGUGUGCUAUUCGGCGGAUGAUCUUGGGUGCUGGUGCACAGUUCAUGCAGCAGGGAGCUGGUAUCAACGUGACCAGUUAUUAUCUUCCCACCGUGCUCAUGAAAUCCGUUGGAUUAUCCGAGACGCUGGCCCGGCUUCUCGCAGCCUGUAAUUCUAUAUCAUAUCUCAUAGCAGGUACUGUGGGUAUUGCAAACAUUGAACGCUGGGGCCGAAGACGCCUAUUUAUGAGCUGUGCUUUAGGCCAGGGUCUCUGCUACCUUCUCAUCACUAUCCUCCUGCGAUUUAAUGAAAAAGAAGGAUAUGCUCACUCAAAGGAGGUGGCGUCUGCUUCGAUCGCCUUCUUCUUCCUCUACUAUAUCUUCUUUGGCUGCGGAUUCCAAGGCAUCCCAUGGUUGUUGCCUGUGGAGCUCAAUUCUCUCAGCAUGCGAACGAAGGGAGCCGGCUUGGGCACUGCAACAAACUGGGCGAUGAAUUUUCUGGUUGUCGAGAUCACCCCCAUUGGAAUCGAGACUCUGCGUUGGAAGUUUUACAUCAUCUGGACUGUACUCAAUUUGGUAUUUGUGCCGACUAUCUAUUUCUUCUAUCCUGAGACGGCGAAUCGACAGCUAGAGGAUAUUGAUUUGUUCUUCCGAGACAACCAGUCAGUGUUAAUUCACAACAACCCGGAGGCUGUGUCGCUUUUACGACCAGAGCGGUACAUCGAGACCGAACAGAACUUGGUACAUCUGAACAAAUCAAUUCCUGACACAAAGGAAACAGUGUCUGGACAGGGAGAGCAUAUGGAGGCUGUGUAA